UGAUUUCAGCUGGCGGUGAUGAGCACGUGACCACACUUUGGAAGGUAAAGAUGUGUUCGGACCGAAAAAGAUUGAGGAACAAGUAAAUAAAAGUAGUAAAGGCGAUAAUGUGUGAUAUAAAGUAAGGUUAAGAACAUUUAAUUGUUGAUACGACGCUCGAAAUAUGGCGAAUAGGAUGCCGUCGAGUGAAAGUACGGAAAAUAUCGAGAUGGAAUUAUUCUCCUCUGAUCAUUCCUGUAUGAUGAUAUCAACUCGAGAACGAGAGCAACAAUGCUGCUUUUAUCAGAAAAACUCGGUGCCUCCUUUGGUCCGCAGUUGUGAGGAAAACCCACAGCCCGAGGUUCAGAUCAAGCAGGACAGGCGGCAGCGAGCCAAAACCAAGGCCAACACACCUGCCAGGGAGAGAACCAGGCACCAGCCUCCACCCGCUGCCUUCAUGGAGGAAAUGGAGAUGGAAAUGGAGACGCUUCUUCCUCCCACGAGCUCUGAAGUCAAGUCGGGGGAGCUCAUCACCCCGUGGUCUCACGCGCCCUCUCUGAAGAAGGAACGUCGGGUCAAAUGGAAGAGUUUGACCCCCCAAAAGUCUGGCCUGGUGGUCAAAGAUGUACUCUGUUUAUCAGGAGGUUACUAUGACGAACUCACAAGAAACAUUGCACCGCAUGGCAAAGAGCAAGAAGCUCUUUCGGCCAUUGGAAUGGCCGCUCGGAUAACUGUGGACAGUGAGUGGUCAGCCAAGCAGUUGGAGAGUCGGCUGAUGACACUUUUCCGAGAGCGGGUUCCGAAACAAACUGGUUGCAAGUUUUCCUUGACAUAUUUACAGUGCAUAGAGAGCUGCCGGGUGCUGUUUGUCCCUCGUACUCCUGCAGAAGGCUGGACUGGAGCACAGGUCCUCAGGAUCUCAGAGAACGGUGCCCUGUAUCUCCUUGGCCACCAUGACCACCAGAAGGCGGCCAGUGAGACAGCUGCAGUUGACAAGAAGGAAAUAUGUCUUGAAGAAAGUACAAAUAGUGCAAAAUGGAGGCCGACGGAACCGACGACAUAAUCACGAGAACAGCAAGUUCCUGGAUGUUACCAAAAGGACCAAAACAUCAUAACUUGAGGAUUAUUUACUGUUCCAGUUGUUUGACAUCAUUAAGAGUCCUGGUCUGGAUGCACAUGGGGGAUGUAUUAUAAUGUUGCCAUGGUUGCAAUGUUCCUGCUCAAAGAUACUGUAAGUACUGUAUUCUACCAACCUUGCAUGUUGGGAAAAUGGGAGUAUCAAAUUGUACACGUAUCUGAUUCACCUCUUCAACUGAUUGUUUGUGUUAUUUGAAUAAUAGUGGUACCUCGGGGUUUAGUUUUUGUUUUGUUUUUGUUUUUAGUGAUAAGGCAUCCGACCCGUAGAAAAUCAAAGCAAUUUAUAAGAAAUAUUGGAAAAGAAAACCAAAAAUAUUAACACAAGACACAUUUUAAAUAAAAUAUUUAUAGUUUUACAUGGGGAAAACAAUGCAAUAUACACCAAUGAAAUGGAGAAAUGAAUAUUUUACCAUAACAUUUAUCUUUUUUGAAGUGUGUGUGUCUGUGUGUGUAUUUGUGUGUAUACAUACAUAUGUAUAUUUGUGUGUGUAUGUGUAUGU